AUGACAGGAGUGCUAAAGCGGAAACAUGAUGAAUUGGAAGAUGAUCUUUCACACAUCUUCUCUUUAUCUACAUCUUCUCCUUUCUCAUCCUCUUCAGCUUUGUCAGGUUGGGAAUCUGACGAAGAAAACAGCCAAGGAGGCCUCCAGCCCACCUUGGCCUUAAACAUGGAUUUCACCCCCAAGUCCAUCCUGAAGAAAAGCAAGCGGUUGAGACAGAACAAUGUCACAUUUGACCGGGUCACUGUCUUCUACUUCCCGCGUUGCCAAGGAUUCACCACCGUGUCUAGCUGUGGGGGCUGCACCUUGGGGAUGGCUAGGAAGCAUGGCUUCUCCCGGGAAUUCACCGUGUCGGAGUUUUGCAAGCAGCAGAAGAUCAACCGCCUUGAGAAGCUGAAGGACAGGCUGAAAGAAGAGAGACUUGAAGCCCUUAAAUCGAAACUCACUAUGAACGGUACGAAGGUGUCUGAGGAAGCGAAGCGGCUGACCAUAGAGGACAUCUCAGUGGACGAUGUGGAUAUCAGUAAUGUGGAUCUGGAGAACGGCUUCUUCCUCCAGCCUUACACCACCAAGAAGAGGCGGGCCUUGCUCAAGGCCAUGGGGGUGAAGAAGAUUGACAAGGAGGAGAAACGGCAGUUGCAAAGGAUUCGUCGUUCUCGGAAAAAGUGCGGCUGUAACUGCCAAGAGUUUUGUGACCCCGAUACCUGUAGCUGCAGUGUGGCAGGAAUUAAAUGCCAGAUGGAUUACACCUCUUUUCCUUGUGGUUGCACCAGAGAUGGUUGUGGGAACACAGAGGGGAGAAUUGAGUUCAACCAACCUCGGGUGCACACCCACUUCCUCCACACCGUCAUGAGGCUGGAGUUGGAAGAGAGGCAGCAAAACAGCGAGUCUGAGCUACCCUUCAGGGACCAUAUUCACCCAUUUAUCUAUCCGGUCAAGAAGGCUUCCUACGAGGAAAGGGCCGUCUCGCUGAUGCCCGUCUUCAAGUUCAGCAGCACCUUGGAGACUGUGGGCGAGAACAGCUGCAGUAGCAACACAACCGACUCGUCGGUGUCGUCCAAUCAAACCGAGGAUUUGGAAGAGUCGUACGGAACUCACCCGUCUGAGAAGUUGCAAUUGGACAUCGAUGACAAUAGCCUGGCCCGGAUCCUCCACUUCAACGAUUCGGAUGCAGAAGAAGACAGCAGUGGUGUUGGCCACUGCCAGGAUAAUCUGAGUUCUUUCCACCCUUCUGGUUUCUUUAGUGUGGAAGUAGAAUACCAGUGUGCUACCAACCCUGCUGGAGAGAUGGGCUCCAGCGGUGGUUUUGGCUAUUCAUCAGACAUCACCGAAUACUUGGAUGAGAAUGCCAACCAGGGGCCAAGCGGUCUCCUUGAGGAGAUCUCCAUUGAGCAGGAUGAAGAGAGUGCCAGCUUUUCUCCAUCUUCCUCUGAAGAACUGGAGUCCAAGAACUACAUGGAUCUGAGCUUCUCCGAUUCUCUAGAAUUUUUCCAGUCCUUUUCAGAUUACAACCUGGGACCUCUUUAUAACUCCUUGAAGGAGUAUGAGGACGUGGACAACUUUACCGUUUGGCAGCUGCAAUUUCCAAAUCUCCCCAGCUUCUCUCAACCUGCAGAUCAGAGCAGCUGUUUUCUGGAGUCCUUGAUUGGGUUGUCUGAAUCUGUCCCAGAAAUCCCUGCAUCUUUUUCAGACAGCCAGCUUCUUGAAGAUACCAUUAACUCAUCUCUAGUGGAGACCAUGAAGGUUUAA